CUCACGGACACACCAAUUUUUUUUAAAAAAAAAGGGAAAAAAAUAGUAAAUAAUCGGAAAUUGAAUUAAAAUUUAAGAGUUUACUAUCAUAAAUAAUUUUUUUUUUCUGGGUUCUCUUCUCUCUUCGUUUGCUCUUUCUUUCUUUCUCUCUCUCUCUCUCUCUUGAGCUGCUCCCUUUUUUGCUCUUUGGUCUCUCGUUCUUUCUCUCUCUAGAAUCUCAAAGAGUGCUGCCAUAACCCCAUUUGAACCCAAAAAAAAUAAGAAAAACUGUAUUGACUCUUACAUUCCAGCAAGUGGAGCUCAAGGAGUGCGGCGAGGAGUUUUGAAGUGGGAAAAUGGCUGGGGUUGCAAGUGAGGAGUCUGGAGUGGGAAGGUCUGUGGAGGGGAUUUCGAGUGGGCAACGUUGCCAAUUAGGGGAAGCAUUGGCAGAAUGGCGGUCUUCUGAGCAGGUGGAAAAUGGAACACCUUCAACCUCACCCCCUUAUUGGGACACUGAUGACGAUGAUGAUGGUGGGCCAAAACCUUCUGAAUUAUAUGGAAAGUAUACAUGGAAGAUAGAGAAAUUUUCACAGAUUAACAAAAGAGAACUUCGCAGUAAUGCAUUUGAAGUUGGUGGCUACAAGUGGUACAUCUUAAUUUAUCCACAAGGAUGUGAUGUUUGCAAUCAUCUCUCCUUGUUUCUCUGUGUUGAUAAACAUGACAAACUUCUUCCAGGUUGGAGUCAUUUUGCACAGUUUACGAUAGCUGUUGUGAAUAAAGAUCAAAAGAAAUCAAAAUAUUCAGAUACUUUACACCGGUUCUGUAAGAAAGAGCAUGACUGGGGGUGGAAAAAGUUUAUGGAACUCUCAAAAGUUUAUGAUGGAUUUAUAGAAUCUGACACGCUAAUCAUAAAAGCUCAAGUUCAAGUCAUCAGGGAGAAAGCAGAUCGCCCUUUUCGUUGCCUUGAUUGUCAGUAUAGGAGAGAACUUGUUAGGGUCUAUUUGACAAAUGUAGAGCAAAUUUGUCGCCGUUUUCUGGAUGAGAGACGAGGCAAGCUAGGGAGGUUGAUAGAGGACAAAGCUAGGUGGUCAAGCUUCUGUGCUUUCUGGCUGGGAAUUGACCAAAAUGCUAGGCGCCGAAUGUCCAGGGAGAAAGCAGAUGUGAUUUUGAAAGUAGUUGUGAAGCACUUUUUUAUAGAGAAGGAAGUGACAUCUACUUUGGUAAUGGAUUCACUUUAUAGUGGGUUGAAGGCUCUAGAAGGCCAGAGUAAGGGCAAGAAAGCAAAGCUAAAAUUAUUGGAUGCUGAAGAAAUGCCAGCUCCGAUUGUUCGUGUGGAAAAAGAUAUGUUUGUGUUAGUGGAUGAUGUGCUACUACUUCUAGAAAGGGCUGCUUUGGAACCAUUACCUCCGAAAGAUGAGAAAGGUCCUCAAAACCGAACAAAGGAUGGGAAUUCCGGAGAGGAUUUCAACAAGGAUUCAAUUGAGCGUGAUGAAAGGCGUCUUACUGAAUUGGGUCGCAGGACAGUGGAAAUAUUUGUUCUCGCACAUAUUUUCAGCAAUAAAAUAGAAGUUGCCUACCAGGAAGCUGUUGCUUUGAAGAGGCAAGAAGAACUCAUCCGUGAAGAAGCUGCUUGGCUGGCUGAAAGCGAGAAGGCUAAACGAGGAGCAUCUGUAAAGGAGAAAAAAUCAAAGAAAAAACAGGCUAAGCAAAAACGGAAUAAUAGGAAAAGCAAAGAUAAAGGGAGGGAGGAGAAGGCGAGUGUGGCAGCACAGGAUAAGCACCAAGAAGACCACCCUGGUGAUGAAAAGGAAGUGUCUAUGAUGGUCGAGGUGCAACCAGUGCCUGAAAAGUCUGAUGUUCUGGGUGAUGUUUCCGAUGUUUCUGACUCAGUUGAUGGUGCCACUGAAGUUCUUCAGCCUGACUCAGAAGACAGAGAUGCUAGUCCUGUUAAUUGGGAUACAGAUACAUCUGAAAUUCAUCCUCCCGCAGAAGCUAGUAGCAGUGGAAUAAGUGGACUAUCAUGUGUACAAAAUGGAAUAGCUGAUAAAAGGAGCCUAUCUAUAAUGGAUGAUAGUUCAUCAACAUGUUCGACGGAUUCAGUACCGUCAGUGGUAAUGAAUGGGCCCUAUAAAGGGAACUCAUUUUCAAACAACCAAAAUCAAAAAUCACCUAGCAGAGGAAAGAACCAGCGAAGUAAAACAUCAAGUGAUGGCAGUAGUUGGACCACCGAGAUUGAUAAUCGGCCUUCUUUUCCUGCAAUAGAUGCAGGGGACCAUAAUGAUGUUUCUGAAAGUAGCAAGGCUGGUGAAUCUGAGUCUGAGGCUGCCGUUUCCUCCUUACCAGAUCAGACAAAGUGGGUUGAGCCGGAUGCUGUUAAGAAGGAAGAAGUUGUUUUGCUGCAAAAGAAACCGAGCACUCAAGAUGCAGUUGAUUUAGAAAGACCUAAAGAGAAGACGGCUGCUAUACCAUGCUCUCCAAGAAGCCCUCCCAAAAAUCUGCCACCUACUGCCCAGUUUAGGUCAGAGUACAGGAGUGCUGGCAGUGUAGAUUCUAUGCCAGGUAGGAAGGCAUCUUCAAACAGCCUGCAACAGAGCGAACAACCUGCAUCUUCAAGUACUUCAUUCCAAAUGACCGGUAUAUCUAAAUCUGAGAGUCAGAAGGCUGCAACUCCAAAACCAAUGGAAAAACCUAUGACCCCACAAUUGCCUGUGAUGUCAAGGCCCUCCAGUGCUCCUCUAAUUCCUGGUCCUAGGCCAACUGCUCCUGUUGUUUCUAUGGUUCAAACAACUCCUUUUCUUGCUCGUUCAGUUAGUGCAGCUGGUCGUCUAGGUCCUGACCCAUCACCAGCUACUAGCUAUGUUCCUCAAUCUUACAGAAAUGCUAUAAUGGGUAACCAUGUUGCGUCUAGUUCAGCUGGUUUUACUCAUCCUAACUCCCCUAACUCAGGUGUCAACCCAUCACCAGCAUACUCACAACCACCUGCCUUGGUAUCUGCUCCAGUGUAUAUGCCCCAGAGCUCUGAGAGGAUAGAGCCAAAUUCUGUCCAAUCAGGCUUUCCAUAUGGCAUGGUAGCUAGAGAUACCUUGCCAAAUGCACCUCAGUGGAUGGAGAGUUCUCAAAGGGAUGGCAGCAGAAAUAUGCACUCUGAUCCUUCUUCAUUGCUUAGCGACAUCCAAAAUCUUGACUUGUACAAGCCAGUGCAUAAUGGAUAUCGGGAACACUUCUCGACUGAGUUUCCAGCCUGUACAUCUGGACUUCAGACACAAGGUGUCUUGGCAGAUGAGUUUCCACACCUUGAUAUCAUCAAUGACUUGCUUGAUGAGGAACACAAUGUUGGGAGGGCAGGAACAGGCUUCCAGUCUCUUGGCAAUGGGUCACAUUUAUUAAACCGGCAUUUUUCUUUUCCAUCCAAUUUUGGCAUGUCGGGUGAGAUGGGAUCAUCGAGUGGCUCUUGCAGGUUUGAGCGAGCACGGAGUUACCAAGAUGAUGGAUUCCAACGGGGUUACAGUAGCUCCUCAGGCAACCAUUUUGAUACACUGAGGGAAUUUAUUCCGCAAGCUAGCCCCCUAACGUAUGCCAAUGGACAAAUUGAUGGAUUGGUCCCAACCCAGUGGCCAAUGGCUUCUUCCGAUCUGUCUUUACUUGGCAUGAGGAAUGCAGAGGGAGACAGUUACCCAUAUUACAGCCCAGACUAUUCCAAUCUAGCAUGUGGCGUCAAUGGCUAUACGGUAUUCCGGCCUUCCAAUGGACACUGAAAAAGGUAACCGAUGACUGAAUUUUGCCCACAAAUUAGAUGGUUGCUUAUCCGUAAUAAUGUAUCUGGGGAAAUCUGUUGGGUCUUAGAUUUGGAGUGAGUUUGUAAUCGUUUCAUAAGGAAAACAUUUUGUAAAGAGUGAUAUUGCCUUCUUUGCAUUCAGCAUUUUUAGUUUUAUUAGAAAUGAGGCUUUGGUUUAUCUC